GCUUCUCAUGCCACUGUUUCUUUAAAGCCUUUUAACCUGAGCCGGCCCCAGGAACAUGGCGGAGUCCGGUGGAGGAGAGUUUAGCUGUCUCGGGCACAGCAGGAUGAUUGACAGUGGCAUGAAAUGCACUUUUUCUGCUCCUGGUCAUAGUACAGCUCUCCUUCAGGGACUAAGUGCACUGCGUGAUCAAGGUCAGCUACUUGAUGUCAUUCUUACUAUAAACAAUGAUGUUUUCCAUGUCCACAAAGUGGUGUUAGCUGCUUGCAGCGACUAUUUUAGGGCAAUGUUUACAGGAGGAAUGAGAGAAGCCAGUCAAGACAUAAUUGAAUUAAAAGGUGUAUCAUCUAGAGGUUUACGACAUAUCAUUGACUUUGCUUAUACUGCAGAGGUUACACUGGACCUUGACUGUAUUCAUGAUGUCUUGGGAGCUGCAGUGUUUCUCCAAAUGGUACCUGUUGUAGAACUUUGUGAAGAGUUCCUGAAGUCUGAAAUGAGUGUGGAAACCUGUCUAAAUAUUGGACAGAUGGCUACGACUUUCAGUUUGGCAUCUCUAAAAGAGUCAGUGGAUUCUUUCACAUUUAAUAAUUUCCUUAAAAUUUCUGAGGAAGAAGAUUUUCUCCAUUUGUCUUUAGAAAGACUUAUUUUCUUCCUUCAAAGUAAUAAGCUGAAAAACUGCAGGGAAAUAGAUUUAUUUAAUGCUGCUAUCCGUUGGCUGCAGUUUGAUUAUUCACGUCGGGCUCUUGCUAGUCAAGUUCUUUGUCAUAUUAGAUUUCCACUCAUGCAGUCUUCGGAGUUGGUGGAUAGUGUCCAGAUUGUGGAUAUCAUGGUAGAGGAUGUCUUGUGCCGCCAGUAUCUUCUCGAGGCUUUCAACUACCAAAUCCUUCCAUUCCGACAGCAUGAGAUGCAGUCUUGUAGGACGGUCAUUAGAUCAGAUGUGUUCUCACUCAUAACAUUUGGUGGAACUCCUUAUACAGAUAAUGACCGAACAGUGAGCAGCAAAGUGUAUCAUCUGCCAGAUGUAAGUGCCCGCCAAUUUAAGGAACUUCAUGAAAUGGAGAUUGGUUGCAGUCAUGCUUGUGUUGCAGUCCUGGAUAACUUUGUAUAUGUAGUAGGUGGGCAGCAUUUGCAGUACCGCAGUGGUGAAGGAGCUGUAGAUGUCUGCUCCCGCUAUGAUCCCCAUUUGAAUCAAUGGCUAAGAAUACAAUCCAUGCAGGAGAGCAGAAUCCAGUUUCAACUGAAUGUCUUGUAUGGCAUGUUGUAUGCAGUUGGAGGAAGAAAUAGAUCAGGCAGUUUGUCCUCCGUUGAAAGAUAUUGUCCAAAGAAGAAUGAAUGGACCUACGUGUGUUCCCUAAAAAGAAGAGCAUGGGGUCAUGCUGGUGCUACACUUGGGGGAAGGCUGUAUAUUUCAGGAGGCUAUGGAGUAUCUGUGGAAGACAAAAAAGCCUUACAUUGCUAUGAUCCUUCUUUAGACCAAUGGGAAUUUAAGACGCCAAUGAAUGAACCAAGAGUUCUUCAUGCAAUGGUUGGGACAAAUCACAGAAUGUAUGUAUUUGGUGGAAGAUUAGAUCAUGUUGACCGAUGUUUUGACAUUUUAGGUGUUGAGUACUAUGCUCAAGAGAAUGACACAUGGACAACUGUGACUCCAAUGAGAACAGGACAGUCUGAAGCUGGUUGCUGUGUGAUGGAUCAGAAGAUUUAUAUUUUAGGGGGCUACAACUGGCAUUUGAACAAUGUAACUAGUAUUGUACAGGUGUACAAUAUAGAAACUAAUAAAUGGGAAAGAGACAUGCACUUCCCAGAGUCUUUUGCUGGUAUAGCAUGUGCAUCGGUUAUAUUACCGCAAGCCUGGACAAAAUCGCAAAAAACGUAAUUU